AUGAACGUCACAUUAGCCAGGGAUUUAUCGGGCUAUGCUAAUACUGUUCAAGGUUCGACAACAACAAGUCUAACGAACCCAUCCAGCGAGAUAGAUAAACGACACGAUGACGAGACAUAUCCAGAUGGAGGCCUCCGCGCCUGGCUUGUGGUUUUGGGCUCAUUUUUCUUGCUUUUUGCAACCUUUGGCUUCCAAGCAUCCGUGGGAUUGUUCCAACUUCACUGGUCUUUGAAUCAACUCAGUGACUCAAGUCCAAGUAAGAUUGCCUGGAUACCGUCGGUAUUUAUAUUCUUGUCACUUGCACUGUCGAUACAAACAGGGGCUAUAUUCGAUCGAUACGGAGCGCGUUACAUCCUCCUCUUUGGAUCAAUUGGAUACCUCGUGACCUUCUUCCUUCUCGCUCAAUGCACAAAUUAUUUGGGGUUCAUGCUGUGUCUUGGGGUUUUGGGGGGUCUCUCCUCCGCUGCGCUCAUAACAGUCUCACAGGGUGUUAUAAGCCACUGGUUCAAGAAACGACGUGGACAAGCUUCUGGGCUGGCUAUGCUGGGUUCAGCUCUUGGGGGUAUCACGUUCCCACUAAUAUUGAAACCUCUCCUUGAAAAGAGCAGUUGGCCCAUGGCUAUGCGGACACUCGGAUUAAUUGUCCUUCUCUGCCUGGUCCCUGGCAAUUUGUUCUGCCGUAGUCGGUUGUUGGCAACCAGCAGCAGCGCCGUGGUCAAUGUUCGUUGCUAUUUGGACAGCACGUUCAACUGGCUAACUAUUAGUGCAUUUGGUUUUGAACUGUUACUCAUCAUUGGCCUUGGAUUAAUCCCAACUUAUGCAGCAGAUGCUGGGUAUGGACAAAGAGCAGGUUUCUACCUUAUCAUGACAAUGAACAUUGGUUCUACAUUUGGACGUGUUAUACCGUCCUGGUUCUCUGACAAAGUCGGCCGGUUCAACAUGCUUCUUCUGAUGGCAGUUUUCACCUUGGCUUCCAUGCUCUUUAUUUGGCUGCCGUUUGGCCUCAAUUCGCUGGUGGCACUUUACAUCUUCGUCUUCCUAUACGGCUUUGGGACUGGGAGCUUCGUUUCCUUGUCUAUGGGCUGCGUCGGGCAGCUCUGUAGGGGCAAUGAUUUUGCGCGUUGGAUAGGAGCCAUGGAUUCUGUUGUGUCGAUUGCGACGCUUGUUUCAAUUCCAAUAGGAAGCUCACUUCAGUCAAAUGUGGGACCCCAAGCCAUGGUCUGGUUCUUGGUUGGUGUUUUGAGUUUGUCAUUUAUGGCAUGCAGCAUUUCUCGCGCUGGCUACAUGGGGUAUAAAUGGAGAUGGAAUGCCAAGGUCUGAUAUUGGGCGGUGUGCUG